AUUCAUGUGAAAAUACGAAGCUGGUUUCCUCCUUACGUAAAUUCCCCUCAAAGCAACAAUCCUCUCCUUUUCUCUCACACAAAACAGUGGCAUCCAUCAGUUUUUAAUGCUUUGAUAGCCUCUUCUUUAAGCCAUCCUUCACUCCCCUUUCUAUAUUCUCUUUCAAACCCUUCUUUUUCUCACACACCCCCAUGGCUUUAGCUACGAAAACAACGUCGCUGUUUCUUCUUCUUCUCGCUGUAUGGUGUUUCUUCAUAACACCAUCAAAUUCAGCCACCGAUUCCUUCGUUUUCGGUGGCUGUUCGCAGCUUAAAUACACGUCUGGCUCACCUUAUGAGUCCAACGUCAACUCCAUACUCACUUCCCUGGUCAACUCAGCCAUGUACACCUCUUACAGUAACUUUACCCUUCCAGGAGCCAGCAAUCAGGACACUGUCUACGGCCUAUUCCAGUGCCGUGGUAACCUCAACAGCGGUGAUUGUGGCCGUUGUGUGGCGAAAGCCGUCAGUCAACUUGGCACUCUUUGCCUUGACUCUACGGGUGGCGCGUUGCAACUCGAAGGGUGUUUCGUUAAAUAUGAUAACACGACUUUCCUGGGGGUGGAGGACAAGACGGUGGUGGUGAAAAAAUGUGGGCCGUCGAUUUCGUCUUACUCGGACGCAUUGGGUCGGCGUGAUGAGGUGUUGGGUUACUUGGGAGCAAGUGAUGGUACCUACAAGCCGUUCCGGGUUAGCGGUUCAGGGGAUGUACAAGGUGUAGCUCAGUGUGUAGGGGAUUUGAGUCCGAGCGAGUGCCAAGAUUGCUUAUCAGAAGCGAUCGGACGGCUCAAAACCGACUGUGGGGCUGCCAAAUGGGGUGACAUGUACUUGGCCAAGUGCUACGCGCGGUACUCAGAAGGUGGAGACCACUCCCACAGCCAAAAAGAUACAAAUAACAAUGAUGAUGAGAUUGAAAAGACCCUGGCAAUUCUAAUUGGACUCAUUGCUGCAGUUGCUUUGAUCAUACUCUUUUUAUCAUUCUUAUCAAAACUGUGUGACAAUGGCAAAGGUGGUAAAUAAAACAAUCAAUUCAGGGAUCUCACUAAAAAUCCUUUUCUUCUUCUGGGGAUUUGAAUCAAGUGAAAAGAAAGUUGCAGUAUAAGAUGGAAAAGCCUAAACCCCUUUUUCUUUUUCUGAGUGUAUAAUUAAGUAGUGAACACUUGUGUGAAAAUACAAGUGUUAUUUCUAGUGGGUGAAUUUGUUGGCUGUAAUUACAGCUUUUGCGAACUUUUUAGUAUAUUUGGUUGGCAAAAGCAUGAAUUCAUCAUCUAUAAUUUUAGAUUAAAUUUACUUGUUUAAUUCUAUCAAUUCAACAUUAUUUUCUAUCA